AAGAUUAAAUUACUUCACUUUGCAUUUAGUAGUGCUACAGUACCUUUCAGGUUUCCCUGGUUCUUCAGGCUGUUUUCGUUUCAUAUUUUGCGAGCUUGAGCUAUGACAGAUGCUGUGAGACAUAAUACACGUCCCUGUAGCGAGAGGCUAUAAUCGGUUACCUGGGGCUGCCACCACACCUGUACUUAACAAAAGAUAAUUAGCCUCCAGCCGGUGUAACCGCUUCUCUGCGCUAGUACUUUCCCACCGCUCGUUUUCUCGCCAGCAGCAGCAGCAUGUCGUUCAACAGACUACGCAUGUUUUAACCUUUUAAACUGUUAACUUAUGUGAAAACAGUUUCCGAUAUUGCUCCAAAUGAUGCCAUCAGCAGCACUCGUGUUAUUUAUCCAACGUGGAGCGGCUGCGCAACCGCUUCGCUUCUGCCUCCUCCUUCGCUUUUGACGCAUUGGAUUUAGAUGCGAAGCAGAGUUUGGAUAUUAGUGGGAAUUUGAAGUUCUACGGUAGAUGGUGGAUGCCUCUCUAUGGCUGUGAGCCGCGUAUGGAUUAUCGAGGAAAACAUGAUAGUGACUCGAACCAUGUCCUACAGUGAUUUUGGGAUACGGAACGAUAAAGAAAGCUGGCAGGCAGGUCGAGACUCCUGGAGAAGAAACCAAGCGGACUGCGUCCAUCUGGUGGGCUGAGCGGGGCCAUACAACUGUCAGCUCUGAAUGUUUGUGGAGGCCUGAUAGAAGUCAAACAGCUAAGACGUCAGCGGGCCUCACAACACAGAGGACGCGGGGAAGGACACUGGAGCAGCCUGUCCAGAUACCCACCAUUGCUAGAUCAUGGGUAACCAAACGGGCAAAGACAGCCAUGACCCUCCAGGUUCUCCUUUAGAUUUCUUCCAAACGCCUCCUGCAACACCCUCGGAGGCUCAUCUGACUGCAAUGGCCUUAUCCUCUCCAGCUUCCUCUAAUAAGGCACAGACGCCAUCAACACCCAGCAGCACCACCCCCUCCACCACCUCUCCAAUCGCAGACUGGACACAGAAACCGUCUGCUACCUCGGAAUUGGCUGUGAUAAACCUAGACAACAGCACCUCCUCAGACACGAACGCGAGUGAUGCAGCAGCGAGACAUGGGAAGGAAGCGAUCAGUCUGGACAGCCCAGAGUCUCUGCCUCCGUCCGGAUCACCUUCAGAGCAGAGAUGGCAGGAGAGAGAUGGCAGACUGGAGCCUCCGGCUGCAGCAGAGUGUGCUGGAGAUGAGAUGACCCUGGUUUUACUCAGUCUCAUGGAGCACUACAGGGCCUCACUAGGCCUGACCCCCAACACCGAUAUUAUCACAGGAGCAGUAGAACUGCUCAGGCGCUUGAUAAGCGAGAGAGAUAAGCUGGUUGAGGAGGUGGACACGCUGAAGGAGACACUAACAACAGAAAGGCUGGAGUGGCAUCAGUUCCAGUCUGACCUGCAAGUCGCAGUGUCUGUGGCUGACCGGCUGCGGGCCGAGUCGGAGGAGGCCCUGGAUUUACUCCAAGAGAGCUACAGGCCAGUGAAGGAGCAGCUGUCCCAGGCCCUCAGCAGACAGCAGGAGACAGAGAAAGAGCUGGAGAGCCUUAGAGCCGAGCACAGAGAUGUCUGUUGUAGACUGAAUAAAGUCAUCCUGCAGCAACAGAAGGAGCAGGCCAAGCAGGAGGCUCUGCAGAACUCAUGCAGGGUGAAAGACAUAGACUAUGAUAAGCAGGCAGAUAGGCAGAACUCUGAGGAGGAACUACAUGAUGUUAUGGAGGAAGCUGAAGCAGAGAGUGAAUCUAAAAAUGUGGAAAAGGAGAAUGAAGCAAAUCAAGAUGUGGAAACUAAAUAUUCAGGUCAUGAUUUUGAGGUGGAAAAUGGAUUAGGCCCCAUGACAGGGAAGAGGGUGGCAGAGGGAUACCUCCGUAGUUUAGGUGCUCUAGAGAAGAAGAAAGAAGAGGGAUGUGGGCAGAGAGAGCCCAGGAGGAUUGUGAUGCUGCCUGAAAGAUCCUGGAGUCUGUCUCGUCUCCCCCUCCCAACUGACACAUCCAGACAAAAUGGGACCUCAGAAAACACAAGUGCAACAUUGCCGCUCUGUAAGAAAGAAGAGCCAACAAAAGGGAAAAGGAUGAAUCGCAUUUUACAACGACAGGACAGUUGGUCCAGCUUUUACACAGUAAAACAGGAUGACCAGACCUCAGAUUCCAUUAUGCCUCAGGAUGGUUUCAGUGCUCUGCUGAGGCGUCAUGGUGGCUCCAGAAGAAACUCCCUGCUGCGCUGGUGCCAAAGUCGUACCCAAGGUUAUAAGAAUAUUGAGAUCACCAACUUCAGCAGCAGCUGGGAAGAUGGUUUAGCAUUCUGUGCUGUUUAUCACACCUUUUUACCAACUCACAUCCCAUAUGACAGCCUCAAGCCAGCCAACAAGAAGGAAAAUCUGGCCCUUGCUUUUAAGACAGGAGAGGGUGUGGGAAUCACAGCCACACUGACAAUGGAGGAGAUGCUGAGGGCAGACGGGCCAGACUGGCAGAGGGUCCUGGGUUAUGUCGAAAGCAUCUUCCGUCACUUUGAGAUGUGAAAUUGUAUUCUCUCGUCAUGCUCUUGUGCCUGCUUCUUUUCCAUCACUGACUGGUGGUGAAGGACUGAAACACUGUUCACCACAAGAUGGAGCACUGUUCAUAAUGAGCCCACCAGCCAGGAUUUAAAAUGGGUAAACAGAUCCCAAAGCUCGAGAGUAGGCAGAGGUAACUGGUUAGGGUAAGGUUAAGCAGCAUAUGAUGGUGGAGGGUAGGUUCAGAUUAAGGUAAUGGGAAACGGACAUCUACAGGGUAAUGGAUUUCCCCCCAGAGUCUACUCCCAAGCUUUAGGAGCAAACACUAUUUAAAAUGUCUGCAAUAUUAGACAUGAUACAAGUCCAUGUAUCUGUGCAGUCUCUCUCACACACAAAUGGCUUGUGUCUCAUGCCCAGAUCAAAGAAACGAAACAGCAUUUUGUCCAUGGAAUGCUUUUAUUUUUCUACAUACAUUGCAGUGACACUGGAUCUGAAAAGCUGCUGGGUGAAUAUGCACAAGACUGGAUGCACUGGUUUUGCACUAUUUGAGGUUUUUAAAAGAAACGGUUGACAAUUUAUGGUUUAUGCAACCUUAUUUUUGAUGUAUUUUUAACUGGCUGAUUUAAGAAUCUACAUCCUGAGUUAUUAGUCAAGAUAAAUGAAAUUAUCAUGAACUAAUAUCAUCCUGCUGUGAUCCAUUCAUGUUGUCUGCAGGCACCUAGAACUAAAACAAAAGGGGCAGACAUGAAGCCAGACUUUGUUUAAACCUUUAAAAAAAAAUUGUAAUAUACAGAUGUAGGUGCCAAAGACUUAUUGUAAUAAUAGUUAUGUAUAAUUUUUUCCCCUCACAUAUUCUCCAUUAAUACCAGACAUUUCACAGAAAACCUUUUUAAUUUUAAUUUAGAACAAAAGACAUGAUACAUUUGACAAUAUGUAAAAAUGGUAUAAAAGAUGGCAAAGAAUGUUUUAGGUUCAAUGGCAAUAUAAUGGUUGAUGUUAAAUAAAUACUGAAACAUUUAAAAAAAAAACAAUUUUAAGUUUUUGCAAAGAUGCAUUAAACCACACUGUACAAAAGCUAUGAUCUUUGUUGUAUUGGGAUGAUACAAACUUUGUGGUAAUCUAAAAAAAAACAUAGACAAGAUCUUGAAAUCACAAUUUGGUCAAAGUUUCAAAGCAUUAAAUUAACCCUGUAAAGCCCAACAUAUCAAAAAAA